CUUCUUGGAUACACAGCGUGUUGGACAAAAUAUUGAUGGAAAACAAAAGAACUUGGGAACAUUCAGUUGCCAUUGGUGUAACGAUGAGUUUGAUGAUCUCUGGUUGAUUUGGUUUGAUUUCAAGUAAUGUUUUUGUAAAAGGGUCUGAUUAUAUUUUAUCUAAUGAAGUUCAAAAUAUCUUACACUAAAUCUUCCAAAAGAUCAUGUUUACACUUGACAUGACACUAUUAAAAAAAAAAAAGGCUGGCCUAGCUAAGAAACUCACUCUUUCUUCUUCACUCUUCUUGCCUACAAAUACGAUCGCCAAAACCCCUAAAACUUCUACAACAGUUGAGUGAUUUUGGUGGUGGGCUAUGCUUUUAUCUCCAAGUUCUUGAAAAAGAUGGAUCGUAGAGAUAUAAUCAGUAGUUUACCGGAAGCGAUUAACUGCCAUAUCCUGUCCUUCCUUCCAACUAAAGAAGCUGCUUCCACAUCAUUUCUUUCGAAAAAAUGGCGGUAUCUCUUUGCUUUUGUCCCUAAUCUUGAUUUGGAUUACUCUGUUUAUCUGAAUCCUAUGAAUAAGUUGGACAAUUCCACAAGUUUUAUGGAUUUUGUGGAUAGAGUGCUGGCAUUGCAAGGCAACUCUCCUCUACACAAGUUCUCUCUAAAGGUCAGAGACGGCGUUGAUCCAGUCCGUAUCACUUCUUGGAUACACAGCGUGUUGGAACGCGGUGUAUCCGAUCUUGAUCUACACCUGGAUUUUGAAUCGGAGUAUCUGCUUCCUUCAGAGGUAUACCUGAGCAAGACACUGGUUAGUCUGAAGCUAUAUUUUGGGCUAUAUCCCACCUUUGAUGCUGAAGAUGUUCAUCUCCCAAAGCUUAAGACACUUCAUAUUGAGUCAGUCCAUUUUGAAAAGCAUGGUAUGCGGCUUACCAAGCUUCUCUCUGGUUGUCACAUACUUGAGGACUUAGUUCUGAAUGAUAUAUCUUGGUUCAUAUGGGACUUUGCCUCGGUGUCUUCCCCAACUCUCAAGAGAGUAACGUUUUCCUGGCAAGAGCGGGAUGAGUUUCCAAAGAGUGUGUCAUUUGAUACUCCUAAUCUUGUCUACUUGAAGUUUACUGACACUGUUGCAGGCAAGUAUCCAAAAGUGAAUUUUGAUUCGCUUGUUGAACCCCAUAUCGAUCUUUGCUUGUUGGAGCCCUUAUUGAUAGAUUACCAUGAAGGUUAUGGGGAGAAUGAUAUGGUUGGCAAUGCAACAGACUUUUUAAUGAGAUUAUGCAAUGUCAAGACUCUUUAUCUAUCUCCCAACACUCUUCAGGUGCUUACUUACAGUUGUGAUGCAAUACCGCUCUUCAACAACCUGAGUCAAUUAACCAUUGAGAGUGAUCCCACAGUAGGAUGGCAGUCAUUGCCGGGCUUGCUCAAGAAUUCUCCAAAUCUUGAAACUCUUAUCUUUAAAGGACUCAUUCACAAAGCCACGGAUAGAUGUGGAGAUGUGUGCUUGUGCAAACCUCAUGAAGAGGGAGAGGAGAUUCGCAGUUGCUUAUCAUCAAGUCCGGUGAAGGUCAUAAAGAUACGGGAGUUUGGUGCAUUUAGUGAUGACAUGGAGAAGCAGAUCAAGUAUUUCUUGGAGACAAUGCCGAAUCUUGAAAAGAUGAUGUUCUACUACAAACCACCAAGUUUUGAAGAUUUUAUUGAAGUUGCAGGCGGACUUAAGAGUCUAUUUUCUAAAGUAGCUUCAUCUAAGUGCGUUCUCCGACUAAUCUUGUCACAGAGAGUACCUUUACCGGUAAGAAGCCUAACCUCUUAAUCUCAGAGAUAAUAAUUAACAAAGCUUUGGAGUACCCUUGCUUGCAGUCGCUAAAGUGAAGCUUCUCGUGUUUCUGCCUACUUUUGUUCUAAAGACGUGUUAUUUAGGCUGUCCUUUUUGGCUCACAAUAUUAACUUCAUCUUUUGUUUGCUUCAGUUCGUUUGUUGGGUAAACUGAUCCUGUAGGAGUAUUUCAGUUCGUUUGUUGUGUAAAUAGAUGUUUGUUUCAGCUC